AUGCGCCAAGCGCUCACUCGGAGACCAGAGUCCAGGGAGGGGAGGAGGACAAGGCGUCGGGCCCAGACAGAACUACUGGUCGACCCGACAGAGCUGCCACCCCCCGCACAGACUGGGCACCGAAGAGAGAGCGGCGACGCACGGCCCCACCCCGCGCUCGCCUGCGGGCGCAAAGUCCGACAGAACAGCCGCCCCGGCGCCACAGCGACACCACGGCGACAGUCGCGCCUGGCACCCGGCAGAGGCCGGGCCUCCGCCCGGCUCGCUGCCGCCAGACCUCCUCCUCCUCCACUCGCUCGCUCGGCUGAGAACGAGGGGACUGUCAUAUCAAAGCGGAUGCCAGGGGGAGCACGACAACCGCCUUGCAACGACCGACUCCACCGAGCCGCCGUACCCCGGAUCGGCGCGCGCCGGCCGGCUCUGAGCUCCGGAGACACAGAACACGGAAACAAAUCGCCUCACUCACCACCGCCACGCACCGAGUGGCACAACCUAGGUCAGGACCUGCAGCCGGGUCCUCUCUGCGACCUCACGAACGACACCAGAGCCACCAGAGACCUAGACCGAGAUCGAGCCGCCGCCGCCGCCGCCGCCAGCGACCAAAGUGAAACCAGGAACCAGGACGAGAUUCGCCGGAACGGAGCGGCCCGAACCCGAGAACCGGGAAGCUGGGAUCGGUCCCAAGCAGGAAGGGGCGGCAAAGACGGCAGGCCCGCACCACGAGAGAAAACGAACCGGCCACCCGCACGACCUCCGCCACCCGUGGCAAGACCCCCACCCCCGCCCAACAUGGCCAGAAAAGGGCAAGCACACACCCCGGGUGUGCACGGGCUCACCGCACGGGCGGUACGGGGAGCCUUCCCCCGGCAGACGCGAGGCACCCACUCCGAGAGGCACCCAACCACCACACCCACACCGCGCGGGGUCGGUGUCCGGGCCGGGACCGGCCCCACCACCUAUCGGCUCACCCGGGGACCCUCUCCCCCGACUCCCGAGACGUCCCUCGUACUCUCCUUUUUUCGCCCUCAAAGACCAGAGUCCAGGGAGGGGAGGAGGACAAGGCGUCGGGCCCAGACAGAACUACUGGUCGACCCGACAAAGCUGCCACCCCCCGCACAGACCGGGCACCGAAGAGAGAGCGGCGACGCACGGCCCCACCCCGCGCUCGCCUGCGGGCGCAAAGUCCGACAGAACAGCCGCCCCGGCGCCACAGCGACACCACGGCGACAGUCGCGCCCGGCACCCGGCAGAGGCCGGGCCUCCGCCCGGCUCGCUGCCGCCAGACCUCCUCCUCCUCCACUCGCUCGCUCGGCUGAGAACGAGGGGACUGUCAUAUCAAAGCGGACGCCAGGGGGAGCACGACAACCGCCUUCCAACGACCGACUCCACCGAGCCGCCGUACCCCGGAUCGGCGCGCGCCGGCCGGCUCUGAGCUCCGGAGACACAGAACACGGAAACAAAUCGCCUCACUCACCACCGCCACGCACCGAGUGGCACAACCUAGGUCAGGACCUGCAGCCGGGUCCUCUCUGCGACCUCACGAACGACACCAGAGCCACCAGAGACCUAGACCGAGAUUGGGCCGCCGCCGCCGCCGCCGCCGCCGCCGCCGCCGCCGCCAGCGACCAAAGUGAAACCAGGAACCAGGACGAGAUUCGCCCGAACGGAGCGGCCCGAACCCGAGAACCGGGAAGCUGGGAUCGGUCCCAAGCAGGAAGGGGCGGCAAAGACGGCAGGCCCGCACCACGAGAGAAAACGAACCGGCCACCCGCACGACCUCCGCCGCCCGUGGCAAGACCCCCACCCCCGCCCAACAUGGCCAGAAAAGGGCAAAUGGAAACCAGAAAGAGAAAAAAAAAAAAAAAAAAAAACUCCCAAAGAUGGGUCGGCUCCAGCAAGAGACGAGCCGUCGGGAGGCACCCCGCUCACUUGUGAAAGUCCGCUCCUCG